AUGUUGUGUCCGACGCCCCUCCGUCUAAUUGCAAAUAGGCACAAUUUCCCCCAAACAUAUAGCCUCCACAUCCCUUGUUAUGUCAAGCCCAACGCGUCCGCUCGCCGCAUCGGCAUCACAGCCGUAGGCAGCGACAAAAUCGACGUAUCCGUGGCUGCCGUUGCACGCGAUGGAGCAGCUAAUAUUGCAGUGUCGCAAAUUUUUGCUGAUAUUUUCAAGAUUCCUAAAUCGAGUGUGGGAGUCAUUCGUGGCGCGAAGUCAAGAGACAAGACAUUGUGUGUUUCCGAUCUGGAGAUCGGCGACAGCAAAGAGGCCAUUUUGCAGAGCGCGACCCAAAUGCUACUGGACGCUGUCAAGACACGUCAUUCAUAA